GAUUGAAGUGUUCUAAUUAUGUCAAAACAUCCAGCUGAAGCUCUGGUGUUUUUGUUUUUAUGGAGUUUUAUUGGUAUCCUUAUUUUUAUAAAACAUGUUUCAUUCUAUUUACACAGUAGAAUUUAUUGUUUCUUAGGACAACUGCUUAAAAAUUAAUUAACAAUUAUUGAUUAUAUCCUUGAAGAUUUGUAAGUUUUUUAUGUGCAAUUUAUAACAAAGCUGAAAAAUUACCAAUGUUAUUACCAAUGUAUAUUUUUAUGGUUUUGCAAUUUCCGUUACUAAUAUGUAUAUUAAGCAUAAAUUUAAAAACUGUGUUUUGUAACCAAAAAAAUUGGAAAUAUAAAAGCAUAAAAAAGUUGUCAAAAUCUGAAGUUGAAGUCAAAACUUAUGUAUUUCCAUGUUCAGUGGACGAAGAGAAAUUCUUGAAUACCACUUUUGGUUCAAGCCACAAGCACUUGCACAACUGCAAAAGGAAACUAGUUAUAAAAAUGACUGUGAACUCUGGAGGGGAGUUUAGCUCCAAAUCUGAUGGAUUUAUCCCAAUUGACCAUGUCACGGACGGGAUGACAGGAAGGAAGAAGAGAUUGUUGAACCCAUUAAUGAUUCGAUUGAAGAGAGAAAAAAUGUUCCAGCUCUAUGACCUUCAGUUAGUUCAGGCUGUCAAUGCUGAAGCCAAGGAAGAGGUGAUAAACUAUGAGAAUUCACCGAAUUUUACUGGUUGUGACACCACUUCAUCACACCCGACUUGCGGAUUCAGUUUCUUCAAUAACAAAAUUAUACAAUUCAGUGAGGGCUUUUGUUGUUCUUGUGACCAAACAAAAAAUGACCAGAGGCAGCCCUGUGACAGCCAUUCUCUUGAUAUAAAGAGCCUUCCAGAACAAUCUCGAUAUGCCCACCCUCACCGGAACAGAUCCAGUAGAGGCCUGGAGGCUAUAGAACCUGGACUGGAGUUAUCUGCUAGCAACAGCAACUUUGAAGAGGAAGAAGAUGAGAACGAUGAGAAUUCAUUGUCAUUGGCUUCUCAGUCUCAACCAUUUCUGAAAGGAGUGGUGGCAGAAGAAGGAAAUUUUGCAUUUGAAAGCCAUCUUGAAUCUGGUGUUCUUGAAAACAGCAAUGAUGUUUUUAUAAAUGAUCAGAGUUUACUGGAUGAAAGAACUGACAAUGAUGGUCCUAUAUCAGGUGUCAUCAGCAACCUAAGUGUUAAAAGGUUUCAGUUUGACUACUCAAUUGCUCCUAAGGAUUUGUGUAGCACUGAGAUUUCAGAGCCGGGCUUGAGUUUUGGAAAUGAGGAUGAAUUUCAGUUUACAACCUCAAGUGAAGGGGGAGGUAAUAAUUUCACGAAUUUCUUAGCUGACAUAAACAGUACGUUAUCAAAGGAAAAGUUAAAAUUGUUAAUGAUGAAUAAGAUCAAAUUAGAGAAGUAUGAAGAAAAGAUGGAGAGCACUACUUUGUGCACGUUUCCAGAAAAUAAUGAGAAAUAUAAUCAGAUAAGAUCUUUGACCUCCAAACAAGAGGGGGCGAAGAAUAUUACUAAAGUAUUUCCAAAAUCAAGUCCAAGAGAAUUUUCUUUGAAACUGAUAAACAGAGAUAGUGAACUGAAUAUUGAAUUAGUCACUAAGAGAGCAAAUAACUUUAACAUCUCAAGUAAAGAGAGCUUACUGUCCACAGCAAAUUAUGACACAAAAACCACAGAGAAAAGUACUAACAAUUCUUUUGUCAAAUUUGUAAAAUUACUUAAAUCACGACCUCCUCUAUCUCAAAAUAUCAGUGGUAUAAAACAUUUAAAACAGGGGAAUAAAGUUAAUGCAGAUAAUGAAACUAAUGGCAUAAAAUCAAUUGAAAAUAUUGUUCAUAAAUUAAUUCCAAUUAUAAGUCCUCCAUUUAUGAGUUCAGAGGUUGUUAAUUACAGCACAUUGCAGUUAGAAUUGAAAAAUGCAGAACAAAUCACACAGAAUGUUACUUAUGAGGAUCAGCAGAAACCUACCACUGAUGGUUUCCAAACUGCAACCACUCAAUACCUUAGAAACAGCAACAACAAAUUUACUUCGAAGAAACGACUGCAACAAUCAUUAACAAAGCAGAACAGUAGUUUAGAUGACAGUGUGCAGAAGCACUUAUCUGAAUUAAAUGAACCAGGAUUGGAAAUAGACAGAACCCGCUUAAACUUGGAAGGUCACCAGAGCAAAAUUAUUGAGAAGAGGGAUGUAUGUGUGAAUGACCGACAGAUCCGUGGAGGCCAAAGUUGUUCUCCAGUCGCACAACUCCCUUGUAAUGCAGAUCCCGUCACGUAUUACGAGAGUGCCCACUGUCUCCGCUUCAGUGACCUUUGGUAUAAUGUACAUAGAUUAGUGAAUCCAAGAGUGGAAAACUCAAUAACAGUAAAAAUCUAUGCUAAACAUAAAACAACCGACAAAAGGAUAUGUUGGGAAAAUCUGACAAAGCGUUUACCUGGAAGAGUGGGAACGGCAAAUGAGAUAUUGACUGACGACGCCAGAACCAUUGUGAUCUGGUACUCAGCGGAUGACAAGGUGGCGUACAGCUUGGACUGCUCCAGUGACUACCUGCUAGUGCCACAGCCUCUGCCCAAGAAGUGCAAGGAUACAGAGCUCAAAACAGUUGGCUGCGGAGGCCCAGGUGAGUAUCUGGUCCUGAGGGAGAAUGAGAUUACGAUGGAUGGUGAUGAGUGUGAUCGCGCUGGAGUCAACUAUGGAGCGUUCUCCCGCCAAACUCACCGCUGCCAGCACGAGGCCGGCUCUUGCCUUAAAAACCAACCCUUGCAGUUCUGGAGAGACGAUAAAAAAGCAGCUGAGGAAGGGAGGUCUGGCCAGUAUUUCCUCAACAAUUUCAUCUCGGUGAGCGAUCAGACGAUUCUCCAGAAUGUUACGAGUGGCCAGGUAGUGUUAAGAGCCCCAUACUACGAGCACUACCAGAGUCAUAUCAUCAUAGAGCUGAAGGCAGACCAAAUUGACAUAAUUGCAGACAGGAGUGAAGGACAGAUCACAGAGGUCUACAUUGAUGCUACAUCUAACAAGUUUACCAUAAUAAAAGUUGUGGUUACGAACAUGGGUAUCGCAGUUGAUUAUUUUGGAGUGGACUUUGUGAACUGCACACACCCUCUCGGGCCAUCCGACUUUGACAAGCCCAGCAAGGACGAGAUACCACCACAACAUCGCAUGACCUACACAGCCACCAUCUCCACCCCCAUGAAUCACAAACGCAUUGAAUGCAACAUUGCCCUGUAUAGCUCAGAUCAAGAAUUGGUAGCUCAGCGUCACAUCAUCAUCGUGCGUGGGGAACGCUGCAUGUGCGUGUGGCACUGUAAGUGUGUCUGCUACAACCACCCCCGGCCUGGCCUGCUCUGUACUCCCCUCAGUACCAAGCAUUACCAUCAAGCAGGCUUUGUGGGGCAGCUUCCAGUCAGGAGUGGUGCUGACUGUUCCACCCUCUUCCUGGUGAUCCAGGGCCUCCUUUGGUUCUUCUUUUUCCUCCUCUUGUUUGGUAUGAUCAAGGCCUUGCUCGGUUUGUGUAUCUCGUAUGUGGCGGUGUGGGGACUCUGGUACGUGAUGCCAGAUGAGGCUCGUUGUCUCUACUGCUACAUGGAGCCUCACCUUGCAUGCUACCCUCUGGUCAGGGACAGUGAGGGUUACCCCAUCCACCCUCGCAACUACACACGCACUGUCCACUUCUUGCCCUGGUUUUCAGAGUUUGCUAUAAACAUUUUCUACUUCAUCUGUUUUGCUCGGACGUGUCUGUGUGACAGUAUAUCUCGAAAGGCCAGCUGUAUGAUGAUAUCCGACGAUUGCAACCACGCUGGUGAAAUUUAUUCAAGGCACAGGGUGAGACCCCAUAUUUCUCCUGGAUGUUCUACAAGAUGUGGACCCUCCCCCUGUCACACUAUCUGCUCCAACAGGAGGAGGUACAGACUGGCAGCUGGAGGAGAGCCCCAGAUUGAUACUGAUCAUCUGGCCAUGAAAGAUGAGGAAGAAGCCAGAAAGUUUGUGAAGGAGCUGGUCCGGUCUUAUGUUGUCUUCCGUAAAUUCACGAUCCCUGUGGGAGGAGUCAAAUCUGUACCCGGCACACCUUAUUUUGUUCGUGGCUUCUUCAUGGAAUCUGAGAAUGGUGUUUAUGAGUUUAAUCCUCCAUCGCCUCUAAUCCAGAUAUGGACAAUGGACCAUACCCCUAUGGACCCACCAGUGCUGCUGGACCCUCUGCCGUUCCGCGCUCUCUACAGGAGUGUAAGCGAAGUGAUGACAGCACAGGAGCUGACCCCUUGGGGCCAUGGAAUCGUCAUCAACGAGCCGUGAGACACGUGUACAUGCACCAUCACUGAGUGAUUGACUGACCUCUCACUUUACUUGUGUGUGUUAUCUUUCACACUUUUGUGUGGAAGAUCUUAAGUUAACUUCUCUUCAUAUAUCAUGAUGGCUUUGACUUAGAUUAUAUAAAAUAUAUGGUCAGUUGUUUUUUUCCUCCAAUUAUGUGCAGUGUUGACUUUUACAUUAUAAUUCUUUAUAAUUGUGAUAAAGCUGAGUAUGGUAAAGUAUAUGAAAUUAAUGACUCUACUAAAAUUGGAUUGAAGAAAUCACACUUUUUAUAUUAGAGUUUUAAAGCAACAUAUAAGUAAUCGUUAACAAACUAUAAAUUAAGAUUUAUUGUGUGGUAUUGCAAAUCUGUUUUGUACCAAAACAUACGUUUUAUGAUACUCUAAAUAAACAAUUGCUUUGGCAUAAA